UUAUUUCAGUCGUUAUUUGUGCAGAUGUUAACAGAAGCCGCCAGAUAUUACGCAAACCAAUUUUUGUUAUGGUCUUGCUCUGAUUUCUGCAUUUUUACGCCAACGCUGUUGCGCUGUCUAGCAACUCCAUAGUUUUCGCUUGGUUCCACACUGUGAUGGCCAUGCAGGAAGUGCACUGUAACAGAAAUUCAAAACAUCUCGUUUCCCAUCUACACCACCAGGCUUAUCUGCAUUUCUCUUUGUCUCUGUGAUUCCUCCAUUUAAAAAUUUGUUUGAUUUUUGGUCACCGUCAAAAUAUCUGGCAUUGUAGGUCGUGGCAUGCUUCCAAGACGCAAUGAUACACCAAGGUUCUAUUUUCAAGAUUUAGUCCGUUAUUUAGCCGUAAUCAGCCGAGCCGCGUCCAUGAGCAAUGGCCAACGACGACGAUGACUCAACGUUUUACCCCGAAGCGCCGCGCAAAGCACCGCGCUUGAGCGGUGCCAGCCAUUUCACUCAGGCAAGCGAGCGUUUCCAAGCCGGUGCGCGGGCUUCCAUCUCCGAGGCCCGAGACCAGGGUCUGGACAUCUUGGAGCGGAUGGCCAGCAUGGAUCUCAGCGCCGACCCCAAUAAUGUCAAUCUGCUGCGCAGCAAGAACUGGAUCAUGGGCUGCAUUACAGAUGAGGCCACAGCAGCUGGGCUAACGCUGGCCGGCGUCCUGGAGACCGGUAAACGCACGAUGUCAGCAGCGCUGCCUACGGCCAAGAACUCACGGCCGGAAUUGUUGUUUCUCAGCGGGGGAAAUGUGCGUAAGCUGCGCCGACGCAAGCGGGACACAGUAGUGCAUCAUAAUAUACUGGGGAAGAGGAACUUCUUUCUUGUACGCCCAGAAACCCCCCUUCAGGAUAUCGAGAGUGCUUUUGUGUGGUUGACCAAGCGGAAAGACCUGGCGAUUCUUAUUAUUAACACCGAUAUCCUGGAAUGCAUCAACAAGCUGGUUGAUGAACACGAAUUAGGAGGACGGUUUCCAAUUGUUGUGCGCCUUCCCGCCGGUGACGAUCCUUAUACUGCGUUUGGGGAUCCCGGUUUACGACGUGCAUCGGCUUUGGGUUAUCUGCCAACGGGUAACGCUAGGAAGCUUUUCAAGGAAGUUGAACAGGAGUAUCAAGACGAGAAGUUUCAUUUCCACGCCAGUGAACGCCUUCCCGGAUACGAUGCACUUAAAAAUUAUAAAUAACACGAGUUCGAAUGAACAUCCGGCAAGAUUUUGUUAUUCGGGAAUAAAUAUUGUGACCUUUCAAAGGCACUCUUAGCUAUCAUUUAUGGCGCGACAACUAACAAUAAGGAAACUGCAGCAAAUUAACAAACAGAAAAAGUGUUCGGUCAGGGAACAUUAAAAAGGUCUAUCUAAGACAGAAAAGUUGCAAGGAAAAAGAGCAGGAAAUAGAUGACCAAAACUAGUCAUUGCACAACAGUGUCAGUAGCAGCAAACGGCAACUUAAAUAACAAUAUGUCGUUCCGGAGCUUCGGUGAGAUUAAACCGUUGCUCAUGGGCGUGGCCUUCGUAAUUCACACC